GAUGGAGUACGUGUUCGAUGUGUUCUUCGACGAGUGCUUCGCCCGGAUGGAGCGGAGCGGGUUGCUGUCGCGGGCCUGCCGCCGGAACACGAUCAGCCACCUGAACUCGGUCAUCGCCGGCUGCAUCGAGGGCCGGCCAACCGCGACGGUACAGCUGGCAGUCGGGCUGGCGGUGACGGCGGCCAUCGACUACCACAACCGGAUGCGCGGCGACAACUACGAGGUGUGCCUGAUGGGCAAGUACCACAACGUCCUGUACAUCGCGCUCCGCAUCGCCUGGGACUGGGGCCUGGACGAUUCCGCCAUCGUGGCGCGUCUGCUCGGAGAGAUCUACCGGUGCGAGCGCACCUUCGAGCGGCUGUUCCUGGGCGCACUGUUCGGUUGCAAUGCGCCCCACUUUAUCGCGGGCUGGAAGAGCGAUUUCACCGAUCAGGACGAGAAUCUGCGGGCGGUCGUCUUCUUUCUGCAUCAUGCGGCCCGUGCCCGCACCACCUUCCCGCUGUACUCGCCCGUCACGCAGCAGUGGCGCGAUGUCCGGUUCAUCGAGGUACCGAUCGAGUCGUGUGGCCGGGCGGCACCGCUCCGUGUCGCGCUGCAGGCCACCGCACCGGACCUGGUGCUGAUCCUGCUACGGCACGGUGCCGAUCCGUGCUGCCCGGACGAUGGUGCCGGUACGAGCCCGGUCCUGAGCGUGCUGGAGAAGCUGUCCGAGUACGAACGGCCCGGCUAUCCGUACCAGCUCGUCUCCUGUUUGCGGUUGCUGCUGCGUGCCCUCACGCUCAUCGAGCUACCGUACAACCCGCACCCUUACCCGGUCCGGCGUGAAAUGUUCCUGGGCAAGUAUGGCCGGCUGCUGGCCGACGGGUUGCUACGGCCGGACCCGCUGUUCGGUGUGCCAAGCCUGCGGCAGUACUGCCGCUGUACGAUCCGCGGCGUGCUGCGGGACAACUGUCAGCUACCGGGCGGUACACGGCGGCUCCCACUACCCCGCAAGCUACAGAAGUAUCUCGAUCUACUGCACGACUGAACUGACUGACGGGGCGUCGAUACGUCUUCUUGUAGUGUGUGUGUGUGUGUGUUUUUUUUUAUUGUGCGUACCUGUACGUCGUUUCGCUGAUGUUGAUGUGACCCGGUACGCCCGUCGUCUCGGUGCGGCUGGUCAGGUUGACGGUGUUACCGAACAGACAGUAGCGCGGCAUCCGGUUGCCGAUCACACCGGUCACUACCUCGCCCGAGUGGAUACCGAUGGUGAUUUGCUGGCGAAACAGCAAUAGUAGUAGUAGUAGUGGAAGAAGAGACCACGAGAGAGAGAGAGAGAGAGAGAGAGAGAGAGAGAGAGAGCAAUAAAGGUAAAGCUUGGAACAGUUAAUAUUUGGCCGCUUUUGUUUAAUCAUUGCAAAGCGCCUAGUAGUCACUUUGCCAUUCCGUUCCGACAGCGUUUUAAUCAUUGUAGGCUGUUUAUUUAGUGGUAAAUUUUUUGUCAAAAUUGAUCUAUGCCUUCAAAAGUUAUCACCGAUCGCAACGCAAAGAGAGAAAAAAAAAUCUGCACACUCACUGUAAAAAUUGGAUUUGGUUGGAGAAAAAACCGCGAAAGUCUUGAAAUUUUUAAACUCAACUCAAAAUACCAUAUGUAAACUUUAGGAGGGGACUUUUACCUUGAUUCUAGGAAAAUAGAACAGCCGAAAAAGUGUAACGAAUGCCCGAUUCUGCAGACAACAGUGAAUCAACAAUGCUGGAAUCGCUUAGCAGGAUUCCACCAAGUAAAACUCACGACAGUCGGCAUAACAGUUUGGGAAAUAUUUUUAAUAGAAAUUUUAAGGUCAUGAAAGCUAGAAAAUAGCCAAAUAGGACGCUAGAGCACAGCUUUAUUGCCCAAAUCCGUGCAGGGAAGCUGUAUGAACAAGUGUUUGCAACACUUGUUUGUUUGCUUGAACGUGCAUUUGGAUGGACGAUGAAACAUAUGUAAAAAUGCGUUUCGAAAAAUACCGUGGGAAAAACAUUACUUUGCCAAUCAUUGAGGGAGUGGUUUAAAAAGGGUUUGAUUUAUUUACGGAGAAAAAUUUGCCCAUAAGAUGAUGAUUUGGCAAGGAAUUUGACAUUGCGGCGACAAAUCAAAUGUUUUCACCAUUGGGGCAACGUUCAUUCGAAAUUUGUGCAUGAAAAGAAUGUCUACAGAAAAGGAUAUUGUUCUUCAUUUGUCCACCAAUGAUCCUGUGUAAGUUUGGCUUGAUUUAGGUAGCUGUUCUUGUUGAUGUUAUGGCGUUAAUGUUUUGUAUUUAAAUAGAUCGAUUUCUUAGGGAAAACUAUCAAUCCAGCAAAACGACAUGAUUUUCGUUCCAUCGAUUUCUAUUGGACGAUUACACAAGGAAACUUAAAAAGUAUAUCAGAAAUGUAUAAAAACCAUCUGAAAUGAGGGUGAUGUGCAACAAGAGGGCAAAUGAUGUGACCAACAGUACUGUGCAAACAUUUUUGGGUGAUGUCAAAGUAAAAGUUAAAAAAGGCAUAUAAAAAACC